AUGCCGAGCAAAGGAGCUGCUGAAGAACCUCAAGAACCCGAACCAAAACAAGAAGCUCCUGCUGAGAGAGCUCAGGGAGGCAAGGCUCGACGAGGUCAAGCUCUGGCGGCCACAGCAGGAAAGCACGUUCCGGAUCGAGACGUUCAAGAAGCCGAUCUCGCCGCUCGAGGUCAUCGGGUGGUUCCAGGAGACGUAGAAGAAGAUCGAGGAGAAGAGGAUCAGACUCGGAAUCCGGAAGAAGCCGCAGCCGAUCCCGUCGAGGUGGUAGGAGAAGAAGCCGGCGAUCACGAAGGGGUGCAUCCAGUAGAAAGCGAAGUCGCAGGUCACGCAAAGCUGGAGGAGCUGCACGAUCACGAAGAUCACGCCGUUCAAAGGGAAGAAAGGGCGCAAAAUGAGUCGUUCUGUACAAAUACUAACCACUAA